CAGUCUUCACUGGAUUGUUUUAUUAUUUUCAAAAAUUGCAUACUUUACAGAUAAUUUACAAUAGAAAAGAACUUCUAAAUUGUGAGUCCAUGAUUUAACUGUACAAGAAAAAUAAUGUGUGCUCACUACCACCUCUGUUCAUAUUGUGUAGGCAAGUAGGCCAAAGCAGAUGGAGGCUAUCCGAUUGUCUACUGCUGUCCACUGAGUAUCAGUGUGCCAUAUGUCCUCAAAGAUACUGGUUUUAUUACCUCCUCAUUGUCAAGGCAUCUAUACAGAAAGCAAUUUGGGAGAGAGCUGAGGGGAGGGGAUAACUGAAUAACUUCACAAUAAAACAGGUGUCUUUAUUUCAGAACAGCAAAAAGAAUCUGUCACUGCUGAGGCCCGUGGACCAGAACAAGUUCUCAGAUAAUUAAAGGAUUGGUUUUUCAUUUCAGGCCAUAUUAAUAUAAAGUCUAUCAUCAUGUCCAAUAGGACAUUCCUUUCCAAAAAAAAGGAGAAAUCUUCUUUUAGAUAGAGAUGGAUUGUUUUCUAUUGCUUGUAACUGUCCAUAUCACAACUUCACCAGUGGCUUUAUUAUUGUGAAACUCACUAUUCUGCCACACCUUAUAACUUAGAAAGUGAAACAGAAGGUCACAAAGCAUGCUUUCAAUCAGGUUUUAUUGUCUUUGUAAGAUUCCUUCUUUCCAGCGUGGUUGUAUACACAAAAUAUAGUCCCAGAACAAUAAAACCAUAACAUACUGUAUAGGUAUGUCCGAUUGAACGUUUCCUGCUUUGGAAAAGUUGAUUUAUCAUGAUUUCUGAAGCCCUAAAUGAUUGCCCCACUAGACUAUGUUUAAACACAGUGUGAAGGUGUGGAAGAACAGCGCAUUUCUCGAAUAUAAAGCUAUUACUGAACUUGUGAUAUGGUUAAUUAUAUAUGAUAGGAAACUACAUUGUAAUGUUAAUAUGUACACACACAUCAACAAUAACAUAGGGUGAAAGUUUUGCUCUUAGGAUAAUUUGAGCAGAUCUCUGUGGCAGUGGGCUGGCCCUUUAGACAUUUUGUGAGGUUUUAUUGUCAGGGAGGAGCAAAUGGAAAUGCUGAGGUCAAAAGUGCUGUUAGUAGAAUCAGAUCUAAGACAGAAGAGACAGAGGAAUGCUGGGAAAUUGCUGACAUUCAACUCUUGCAAUAACAAAAAUCUAAAAAGGUUUGCUAAAAUUCCCGCUCAACUGAACCUUUGAAAUGACCUGGGGAAGCACAGCAAGUGACACAUUCUGCAGUCAGGAGGACAGUAGCUCAGAGCUGGAACUGUAUUUCACUGCACAUACGUCUUUCUUUCACAAGGUCAGAAGAUCGGAGGAUGAACAGAUCGAUUGGGGUAAACAGGAGUUGACUCUUACUGAGAUUCAACACAAGGUUAAGGAGUAUAAUGCACAGAUCAACAGCAAUCUCUACAUGUUGGCUAAUAAAGAUGGGUCCUACACUGGUUUCAUCAAGGUCCACUUUCAGUUGGUCCGUCCUGUCUCCCUCCCUCCCCCUCAGAGCCUGUGCUCCACACAGGAGGGAGAUCAGCAGGGUGGACGGAUGAAACGGCGGACAUCUUUCUACCUCCCCAAAGAUACUGCCAAGCACCUGCACAUAAGCUCCCAAACACGUGUACGAGAAGUCAUCGAGGCAUUGCUCAACAAAUUCACCAUGGUGGACAACCCAGCCAAGUUUGCCCUGUUUGAACGCAUUGAGAGACAAAGUCAAGUGUACAUGCGUAAACUGUCUGAUGAUGAGUGUCCCCUCUACCUGCGCUUGUGUGCGGGCCCCAGUGAAAAAGUCUUGAGUCUGGUUUUGAAAGAGAAUGAGACAGGGGAUGUAAAUUGGGAUGCAUUUAGUUUUCCUGAGUUGUGCAACUUUCUGCGAAUCCUGCAGCGUGAGGAAGAAGAGCAUGUACGGCAGAUUGUAAAGCGUCACGCUCUUGCUAGAGACAUGAUGAAGCAGGCCAUGGCGAGGAUUACUACUCCUGGUUGACUUUGAGCAAUUCAACUAAUCUUCAUAUUUAAACAAGAAAAAGAACAUUCUGCCACUUUGAAUAGUAUUGUUGAUCAGCAAUGUAAAAGGGAAGGAAAGAGCUCAGACAAUGACAUUGUUUUGAAUAAAUGUUUAUUAUGUUUAUGAAGCAGUGAUACUGCUGCUACAUUUAUUGUGAACUACUUAAAGACUUAGGCCCUGCUAAUUUUGUGCAAGCAGAGCCACUGUGUGGGGGGAAAAAAGAGAUUAUCUUGAACUUAAUUAGAUGCAGUUAUUUGUUGAAAAACCAUGCUGCUUGACUUGUUUAUUUAUAGUGGUAUUGAAAACACAAGUUUAGUCUUUCUGGUCAUUUAUCAUGUGAUAUUUAGUUUCAUUUAUAUUCUGUGAAGCUGUUUUUAAAUGUUGGCACUUUAAUGAACCUGUGAAAUGGAUUUGGGCAAGUUAAAAUGUGAAACGAUGUGUUUACAUCCUAAAAUUAAUUAUCUAAUAAAAUGAUGAUAAUAAAUCA